AUGGCAAAAGGUCAUGAUGCUUCGGGUAGAAGUUGGCUAUCAGAAUCCGGUCAUUUCUUGAUUUGUGCUGGAGGAAUUCUCGCAUGCUAUUUCGUUUUCGGAAUUCAACAGGAGAGAAUUGUCCAAGGAAAAUAUGAGUUACCCGAUGAAUCAAUCGAGAAAUUCACAUUCACUCAAGCUCUCGUCUUCUUUCUUUGCACUGGAAAUACGAUUUAUGCAUAUUUGAUUCGAAAAAAGAGUGAAAUCGACAAUGUUCCGUCAAAAAUGUACGCAGCGUCAGCAGCCAGUUACCUUCUUGCAAUGAUCGCUUCGAACCAAGCACUUCAAUAUCUUCCAUAUCCAACACAAGUGCUCGCAAAGAGUUGUAAACCCAUUCCAGUCAUGAUAUUCGGUGUUCUUUUUGCUCACAAAAGUUAUCAUUGGAGGAAAUAUUGCUACGUUUUGAUGAUUGUCAUUGGAGUCGCCAUGUUUUUGUAUAAGGAUAAAAAGGGAGGAGAGGACAAGGAUUUCGGAUUCGGAGAAGCACUUUUGAUCUUCUCAUUGGCAAUGGACGGAACGACGACAUCAAUCCAGGAUCGAAUCAAGAAAUCAUAUCAGAGAACGGGAACUUCCAUGAUGUUCUACACGAAUUUGUAUUCAAGUCUUUAUUUGUCUGCUGGUCUUUUAGUAACCGGUGAACUGUGGUCAUUCUUCUAUUUCGUGCAACGUCAUUCAUAUGUUUUCUGGGAUUUGAUUGGAUUGGCGAUUGCUUCGUGCCUCGGACAAUGGUGUAUAUUCAAAACGAUCGAAGAAUUCUCUCCGUUGACUUGUUCGAUUGUCACGACUACACGGAAGUUGUUCACCAUUAUAAUUUCGGUUCUGUUCAUGAAUCAUCCUCUCUCGGGUCGCCAAAUUCUCGCCACUACCGUAGUAUUCAGUGCUCUAACUGCUGAUGUUGUCGAUGGAAAACUAUCAAGUGCAUCUUCACCUAUUGGAGCAAAGAAGCCUCUGAUUUCUGAUGAAGAGAAGAAGGCGCACACCAAAUAA